AUGGCUACAAUUAACCUUGGUGAUGAGGGAGCGCAGCAUCGAUUCAAGGAAGACCAACUGGUAGCUGAAGCAAUGAUUUUGAGGACUUCUCAUAGGAGCUUUGAAGUAGUCGGCGACGCUGUUACAGUUACUCCAACUCUCGUUCUUUCUGAGUGUCCAGAUGAGAUUUGGUGUCUUAUUUACCAAUUAUGCGAUGUGAAUACACUCAAGAGUGUCCGCCUUACCAACAAGAGGAUGUCCGAUAUUGCUUUGCGCUACUUGAUCGAAUCUGUACUUAUCUUUGAGUUCCCUCACGGAGAGUACGGCCGCUACGGUCCCGUUUUAAACUCUAUCGACUCGACUUGCCGUAAAUAUGCCAAAAGCUUUACAUACAAAACCAUUGGCCUUCGCUCCACCGACAUUACCAAGACGAGGAUGGCAUUCGAGCAUCGGUUGUCUUUUCCAGAGAGAGCAUAUAUAGGCAAUCGUCCGUGGGAGAAGCUGACAAACCUUCGGCUUGAUUACUUAUUCGUAUAUCCCAAAGAUCUCACCAACAUCUUUCGCAUUAACGGUCGUACUCUCAAGGCCAUUACCCUCUACAAACCAAUUCUUCGCGGUUGCAACAGUUGGAGAUGCUUCUUUUAUAUCUUGCGUCACUAUCAUGCUUAUGGAAUCAUGAAUCUAAACAAGUUGGAUUUAAAGGGCUGGUUGCAAUGGACCCACUCAGAGUCUUGCGUUGGAUGUCAAUCAGUGGAAGUAAUGGCUACCAGCGAGUCAUAUCCUUACAAGAUCUCUUGGAUGGUAAAGCGGGGGACAGAACGCGAUAUGUUUGGACGCAAAGUCUUCUCUAAGGACCCCAGCAAACAUAUCACUCUGCAACGAGCCAUGGAGAUAUACGUUAUUGAAGGAGGGAAGUGUUAUUGGAACCAUUCAGAGUUCACCGUAUACGAAGGACCUCUCCAAGGGUUUGCAGUCGCAGAGGAACAAGUUAGGCAAGAGUUGUAUCAGGAUGGCUGCUCGUCUCCUCGUUCUCAUGGAUAUUCCUCUGAUGCAGGCGAUGCACCAGAACAAUCAGUUAUGACCAGUAUUCAUAACACCUGUGCUGCAUUAUACGUCGAUGAUUGUAACGGACAACUGAUUUGGGACAGUCAGAAGGUUUAA